AUGAAGGGCGAGAUUCUUCACCUUCAUCUCGGUCAGGCCGGUACCCAGCUGGGUAACUCUGCUUGGGAGCUCUACCUCCUCGAGCACGGCCUCGGCUCCGAUGGUCGUCCUGACCCCAACGCCAAGGACGUCGUCGACGGCGGUUCCUACGAGACCUUCUUCACCGAGACGAGCGGAGGAAAAUACGUUCCUCGCUCCCUCUUCGUCGAUCUCGACCCCUCUCCCAUUGACGAGAUCCGAACUGGCGGCUACCGUCAGCUCUUCCACCCUGAGCUGUUGAUCAGCGGCAAGGAGGAUGCUGCCAACAACUAUGCUCGUGGUCACUACACCAUCGGCAAGGAGAUGGUCGACAAUGUCAUUGACCGUGUUCGCCGCGUCGCUGACAACUGCCACUCCCUCCAGGGCUUCCUGAUCUUCCACUCCUUCGGCGGUGGUACCGGUUCUGGAUUCGGUGCCCUCCUCCUCGAGCGCCUCUCUACCGAGUACGGCAAGAAGUCGAAGCUUGAGUUCGCCGUCUACCCCGCCCCCCGUGUCUCGACUGCCGUCGUUGAACCCUACAACGCCGUCCUGUCCACCCACAGCACCAUUGAGAACUCGGACUGUACUUUCCUCGUCGAUAACGAGGCUGUCUACGACAUCUGCCGCCGCAAUCUCGACAUUCCCCGUCCCGGUUACGAGCACCUCAACCGCUUGAUCGCCCAGGUUGUCUCCUCCAUCACCUCGUCCCUCCGUUUCGAUGGCGCACUCAACGUCGAUCUCAACGAGUUCCAGACCAACUUGGUCCCCUACCCUCGUAUCCACUACCCCUUGAUCAGCUACGCUCCCGUCAUCUCUGCCAACAAGAGCUCUCACGAGAGUUUCAAGGUCCAGGAGCUCACCUUCCAGUGCUUCGAGCCCAACAACCAGAUGGUCGUCUGCGACCCCCGCAACGGAAAGUACAUGGCUGUUGCCCUCCUGUACCGCGGUGACGUCGUCCCCCGCGACUGCAACGCCGCCAUUGCUGCCCUCAAGGCGAAGUCCUCCUUCAACCUGGUCGAGUGGUGCCCCACUGGUUUCAAGCUCGGAAUCAACUACCAGAAGCCCAUGGCCGUUCCCGCUGCCGCUGGCGACGGUGGUCUCGCCUCUGUCGACCGCUCCGUCUCUAUGCUGUCCAACACCACCGCCAUCGCCGAGGCCUGGUCGAGACUGGACCACAAGUUCGAUCUCAUGUACAGCAAGCGCGCCUUCGUCCACUGGUACGUCGGUGAGGGUAUGGAGGAGGGUGAGUUCAGUGAGGCCCGUGAGGAUCUUGCUGCGCUUGAGAAGGAUUACGAGGAGGUUGCUGCCGACUCGUACGAGGGCGAGGAGGACGAUGCCGAGUACUAA